AUGCGUACAAAAAAAAACCCUACAAGUAAAUCUGCUGCAAUCCUUAAGGAAAAAAUUCACGUGCAGACCAUAGAUGCUGCAUCAAUUGAUUCAACAUCCAUGAAUCUGAUCGGCAAAGGCUAUGAAGCCACGAGCAUUGCUCCAAUCGAAUCAAGGAAUCCAAAUACGGAAGAAAAAGAAAAUGAUUCAACAGUUCAUGAAUUCAACGGUGAAGAAACAGGAAACGAUGAGAACGAAACUACUUAUGAUUCGUCAUUGAACAAUAUCAUGUGCGAAAAUGAAGAAAAUAUUUUUCCAUCACCUCAAGAUAUAAAUUCAACAGCAAAUCAUUCGAACAACUAUUCAAAUUCUCAAGGUCAAAAACGUCCACAUGAUGAUAACAGUAGUAGUUUAUCUGGUCAACAAAUGUAUAAUCAUACGAUCAAUAGCUCAUCAUCUGCCGAUGAACUAGCAUUAAAAAAAAAAUGCAUUGAAUUAGAAGGUGAAAUCAAGAAAUAUAAAGAAGAAUGGAUUCCCAAACCAAAGCAUCCAGAUGUUAUCCAGUAUUUCGUGGAAAUAAGUAACAUUCUAGCGAAUCAAGUUGAUAUUGUCGAUACGACUCCAUUCUUGAUUGAAAUAAUGGAUGCACUUAAAAUGAGUGAGGAACAAUUGAAAAAGUGCCAUAAAAAGACACAAACAGCUACGGCAAGAUGUUUAAUACGAUUUAUAUUUCCAACUCCUGAACCAAGUUUCAAAUUAAGUAAUGUCGACAAAUUUAUAAUCGAUGGAAUUAUCAAAUAUUCAAAAUACGUGAAUCCAGUUGAUAAUGCAUCAGGUGUUGAAGUUCGUCGUGCUAUUGGUUAUUAUUUUUCUUCUUCGGCCUAUAACAAAAAGAAAAGAGCGAAUCUUUUACAGAAAGUAAAUAAAAAAUCGAAGCCCAGUGAUGAUAAGAGUACUGGAAUUUGA